AUGGGCGCCUUAACUCUUCACACCUGCACAGUCCAGCAAACUCGUCUAACCAUUAACAGAGUCCACAGUUUCUUCCACUUCACAGCCAUUUUAGCUCUACUCUACUACAGAAUUUCACAUCUCAUCCAUGGUGAUGUACCAGUUUUUGCGUGCGGGCUUCUCACCGCCUCUGAGCUUCUUUUCACGUUCAUAUGGAUCCUCACACAGGCAUUCCGAUGGCGGCCAGUGGUUCGAUCGGUCAAACCGGAAAAUCUCCGCAGGAAUCAGGAAUUCCCGGGGGUCGACGUGCUUAUUUGCACGGCAGACCCCAAGAAGGAGCCAGUGAUCGAGGUGAUGAACACGGUUUUGUCGUCCAUGGCAUUGGACUACCCGCCGGAAAAGCUCGCCGUUUAUCUUUCCGACGAUGGUGGUUCUGCCUUGACAUUGUACGCCAUGAGAGAAGCUUGUUCCUUUGCAAGGUCUUGGCUUCCAUUUUGCAGAAAAUAUGGAAUCAAAACUAGGUGUCCUGAAGCUUAUUUCUCAUCACUUGGUGACGAUGAACGUCUUCUUUGGGGAGAUGAAAUUAAGGAAGUGGAAGAGAAGAUUAAGGCAAAGUAUGAACUGUUCAAGAGAAAUGUGGAGAAAUGUGGGAUCGACGAUUCUGUUGCGCACAAUCGACCCCCUCAUAUAGAGGUAAUUCAUGAUAUUAAUAAACAUGGAGGGAAUGAAGAUGACCAAACUAAGAUGCCUCUUCUCGUUUAUGUAUCCCGGGAAAAAAGACCAUCUUACCCUCAUCGGUUCAAAGCUGGAGCCCUCAAUGCUCUUCUUCGAGUUUCAGGGAUAAUGAGCAAUGCCCCAUACAUACUAGUGUUAGAUUGUGACAUGUAUUGCAAUGAUCCUUCCUCAGCCAAACAAGCAAUGUGCUUCCAUCUUGAUCCCAAUAAGUCUAGUUCACUGUCUUUUGUGCAAUUCCCUCAAAUUUUCUACAAUGUUAGCAAGAACGAUAUCUACGAUGGCCAAGCAAGAUCAGCUUUCAAGACCAAAUAUCAAGGUAUGGAUGGAUUAAGAGGCCCAGUGUGCUCAGGCACUGGCUAUUACUUGAAGAAACAGUCCUUAUAUUGUAGUCCCAAUAAAGAAGAUGAGUUUCUUCAUGAGGCGCAAAAGAAUUUUGGUUUUUCCAGCAAGUUCAAUGCGUCACUAAAGGGUAGUAAUGAGCAACACAUCAAAGGAUAUGGAACUAUAUCAUAUGAAACUUUAGAAGAGGCUAAAAUUUUGGCCACUUGCACAUUUGAACAAAACACGAGAUGGGGUAAAGAGAUUGGUUACUCAUAUGACUGUUUGUUGGAGAGCACAUUCAUCGGUUAUCUCCUGCAAUGCAAAGGUUGGGAAUCGGUUUAUCUGUAUCCGAAAAGGCCAUGCUUUUUGGGCUGCACCACCAUUGACAUGAAGGAUGCUAUGGUUCAACUCAUGAAAUGGGCAUCUGAAUUGGUUCAAGUUGGUUUCUCAAGAUUCAGCCCCCUAACAUAUGGGAUGUCAAGGAUGUCUAUUCUUCAGAGCAUGUGCUAUGCAUAUUUUGCUUUUACUCAUCUCAACUGUGUUGCUGUGAUUCUGUAUGGAACCAUCCCUCAGCUGUGCUUCUUCACUGGCAUACCUCUGUACCCCAAGGUCUCAGACCCAUGGUUUCCAGUGUUUGGAAUCAUAUUCAUGUCAUCUGUCUGCCAGCAUUUAUACGAAGUCCUUUCUAGCGGUGGCUCAGUCAGAACAUGGUGGAAUGAACAAAGGAUAUGGAUCAUAAAAACAGUCACAGCAUGCUUGUUCGGAUGCAUUGAUGCUCUGCUGAAGCGGCUAGGCAUAGCAAAAGCAACAUUCAGGCUGACAAACAAAGCCAUUGAUCAAGAAAAACUCGAAAAAUACGAGAAGGGUAAGUUUGAUUUUGAAGGUGCCAAGAUGUUCAUGAUCCCCUUAAGAGUACUAGUCGUAUUGAACGUGGUAUGCUUCAUCGUUGGAUUGAAAAGGAUGGUUACUGAGAGAAAUUUUGAAGAGAUGUUUGGACAGUUUUUCCUAUCUUCCUUCAUUUUGGUUGUGAGUUAUCCAAUACUAGAAGGGAUGGUACCAAAGAGAGGCAAGUCAAAGCAGUGAACAAUGGGACUGCACAUUUUAUGGCAAGGAUCAGCAAUAGUCAAGCACUUAUCUUCUUCAAUUGCCAACAUUUUGUUACAGAAAGUUGGAGGCACUUAGUUUUCGACUUUUCGGGAAUGUAUUCACCGAUGAAUUAGUAGUUGUUAUUCUAAAUUUGGUGGGAAUUUAAUUUAG